UCUGCUGCAGUUGAAUAAUUUUCAGACUACCUUUGAGAAGCGUGCGAGACAGAGAGAACUUGGCCUUGUGAAAGGAAAAUUUGUGCAGAAAAUAAAAUUUUCAUUUAGCCAGCUUUUAUUUGCGGCUUGCGAGUUUGAUUCCGGUGGUGGGAAUCGCGUUACAAUCACUUUUUUGAUAAAAGCGCAAACAAUUCAGGUCGUGGUCGUGGCCGGGUCCGGAAGAGCCGUGUGUCGCAUGAUUGGGAUUUUCCAGCCGGAAUUGGCCGGCCGUCAUACAGAAACACCAGCACUCAAAGGAGCACCGCUUUCUCCUCUCUUACGGAGUUUAGGUGGUACAUUGUGCAUGAUUUCACAAACGCGUAGCAUAAGUCACAGGACUUCGAAAUAUUCCAGCAAUAGACAUCGGAAGCUGCAACCGUUUAGGGAAACGUGAAGAUCCUGUCUCCUCGUUCCACAUUCGAAGACCACACACGCUGCUGCUGUCGCUGCAUAGGCCGGCUUCAAAAUCAGAAACAACACAAUACAACACAAUAUCCGAGAUUUACCACGUCUAGGCAAUUCAGUGAGUGACGAGAGAUAACGCUGCGCUAAGCAAAAUCCCAAAGCCGUACCGUCUCUCCUCACGAAGAAAGAGCGCGCGCAGCAGUCCUGUUCCGUUCCGUCGAUUUGAUUGGAAUUUGUUUUGGAAUCCAUCCGUGUGUGUGUUUGAGUGUGAGAGAGUACGCGCGCUCGUCCUAUCGGCAGAAGAGCAAGUGAUUCAACCCCCCAACCAUACAAAUGCUUUUGAUAUUAUCUGCGAGACCGCAAAUCGAAGACGGAGAUUCAGUUUCAAACGCCGACGUCCAAGUCGCUGUCGUCGACGUGAGUUACAGUAAAAGUGACUACAACAAACAACCACGCGGACAUUGCGCUUGUUGAGCACGCCUCAGACGCAAACCGACCGUUGAUCACUGCAGAUGAAUUUGGUCUGUGAAGGAGGAAGGAUUCGCUAGAAGGCAUCCUGGCAGAACUGUUUGUCCCCUUGAUUGUGGAAGCUGUACAGACGCGCACACGUUCAGAGUAAAGUUUGGGAGUCACACGAAUCGUUUAAAUUUCGAGUGUUUGAAUUGAAAGAAGCGAAGGCAAGAUGGGUACUGUCAACGUGAACCGCAACGUGACCGAUGUGUUCUACAGGUACAAGAUGCCGCGGCUGAACGCCAAGGUCGAAGGAAAAGGUAACGGCAUCAAGACUGUUCUAGUCAACAUGUCAGAUGUGGCGCGCGCCAUCGGACGCCCCGCGACCUACCCGACCAAGUACUUUGGCUGUGAGCUCGGAGCACAGACUCAAUUCGAUUACAAGAACGAACGUUUCAUCGUCAACGGCUCGCACGACGCGAACAAGCUGCAGGAUCUGUUGGACGGGUUCAUCCGCAAGUUUGUGCUGUGUCCGGAGUGCGACAAUCCCGAAACGGACCUGGUGGUGUCGUCCAAGAAGGGAACCAUCUCGCAGGGCUGCAAGGCCUGUGGGUUCCACGGUCCGCUCGAGGUCAACCACAAGGUGAACACGUUUAUCAUCAAGAACCCGCCGAAUUUGAACCCGGCCUCGCAGGGUGCAUCGUUGACGGAGGGCAAACGCAAGCAGCGCAAGAAGGGCGAGAACGGCGACGAUUCGAACGCUCAGGACGGUGACACCACGGCCGGAGACGACACGAUCAACUCGUCGCAGGCUGGUGGCGAUGGCGAUGAUGAUGACGAUGUCAACUGGACGGUGGAUACUUCGGUGGAAGCGGUCCGGGCCCGUAUGCAAGAUCUGACCGAUGGAGCUAAGAACAUGACAGUUUCGGACGACAUUGACAAACCCGAGAAGGAGCGGAUGGACAUUUUCUACGAGCUGGUCAAGAAGGAACGCGAUGCCGGCACGCUGGACAAUGCCCAAACCCGCAAGGAACUCGCCACCGAGGCCAAGCGGCUGGACAUCCAAGCCAAGGCCCCUCUCGUGCUGGCUGAGCUACUCUUCACGGCCAAUAUUGUCCAGGAAGCCCGCAAGCAUCGUAUUCUGCUGCUGCUCUUCACCCACGAUGACGUUAAGGCACAAAAGUACUUUAUCGGUGGCUUGGAACAGAUCAUCUCACUUCACGCUGAUAAGCUGAUGGAUAAGGUGCCCGGCAUUCUGAAGCUGUUCUACGACAGUGACAUCCUCGAGGAGAAGGCCAUCCUGGAGUGGUCCCAGAAGGUGAGCAAGAAGUACGUCUCCAAGGAAAUUGCCACCCAAAUCCACGAGAAGGCCACGCCGUUCAUCAAAUGGCUGCAGGAAGCCGAGGAGGAAGAGUCUUCCGAAGAGGAUGACGACUCCGAGGUCGAAAUCGAGUACGACGAUCGCGCAAAGACCGAUUCACUGCGCACGGGAGCCGCCAAACCCGAGGUCAAGAAACCCAAGGCCGACGACGAAGAAGACGGUGACGAUCUCAACAUUGACGAUAUCUAAAUGUAUGUUUCUCUUGUCGAAUUCAAAUUUGUUAAAUUCCCAAUUCCAACCGCUGCAAAACAAACAAAAAACUAAUUUAAGAAGCCAUGAACCAUUAAUCUACAGCAUAAUAUUCGGUCAAACAAACACAGAACACACAGAAACAGCUUAAUGUCUUAGAUGAAAAAAUUAAACAAAAAUCAUAAAAAUAUGAAAAGGUAAACAUAUAGAGAGAGAGCCGGUCAAUUUUGAACGUUUGCAACCCAGCUUGAUAUUCGUCUGAUUGUGUCCAAAUCGCGAAGAUUGUUCCUUAUACCCGCCACCGCUUCGUUUGGCUCCUCGGUUUACAAAUGAAAACAAGCACAGCACAGCACUUUUUUCCGUCAGCUCUCGUUAGGAUUAUAUUUUGAUACGCGCUAGGUUAUUUCGCCCCCGUUUCGUUCAUGUAUUACCACCUUUUAUUUGAUAUAUAAAUUCACUGGGUUUGUAUCAAGAAGCUAGGUUUUUUUUUUAAACGAAUCAUGCAAAUUCCUAACACAGAGACAGAGCAAAAAAAAAAGUAAGUGAAUGUUCGAUUUGUUUGAGAGAAAUAUACUGCUAGCCGGUCGGAACAUUAUUGUAAUCAAAAUAUGUUUAUCAGAAUACACAUUUUUGAGAUGGUAAAAUGCAA